GUACUCUAUGCAGGUCGAUGAGAAUGGGUGUUUGGGAAGCUGUUUUUGGGCAGAUGCUAGAUGUAGAUCUGCAUAUCAAUAUUUCGGAGAUGUCGUCACAUUUGAUGCGACGUACCUCACAAAUGUUUAUAAGAUGCCAUUUGUGCUGUUCUCAGGAGUUAAUCAUCAUCACCAAACCAUAAUGUUUGGUUGUGCGUUGUUAGUGAAUGAGACAGCUGAAUCAUAUAUAUGGUUACUGAGAACAUGGCAGGAAACAAUGUUUGGGCGUGCCCCUUCAACCAUUAUUACUGAUGAUGACAAAGCAAUUGCCAAAGCCAUUUCAAAGGUACUCCUAAAUAGAACUCACCGGUUGUGCUUGUGGCAUAUUUUACAAAAAUUUCUAGAACAUUUGGCACAUGUCUAUCACAAGUUUCCAGACUUUCAAAAAGAGUUUCAUCAUUGUAUCCAUGAUACUAUAACAGCUGAUGAGUUCGAGGAGGAAUGGGUUUCAAUACUAGUGAAGUAUGAUCUAGUAGGUAAUGAUUGGCUCCAAAAUCUUUACAACCGAAGGGAGAAGUGGGUCCCGGCUUACUUGCGAACGACAUUUUGUGUCGGGAUGUCAACCACGCAAAGGAGCGAGAGCAUGAAUAAAUUCUUCAAGGAUUAUGUGCGAUCAAGUACGAUGGUGAGUGACUUUGUGCAUCAGUACGAGAAAGCCUUAGAUGCACGCUAUUUUAAGGAAAAAGAGAAGGAUGUGAAAACAAAGUCGAGUAGGCCGGUUUUGAAAACAUGUUGGGAAAUUGAAGAAGAGGCGGCCAAAGUGUAUACAAGGAAGUCCUUCAAUAUCUUUCAAGACGAGCUAUUCAAUUGCCAACGAUACAAAGCAGCAAAGGUUCAGCAAGAGGGUGAGAGUAAAAUGUAUGAGGUGGCACCUAAGAGCAAGGACAAACGUAUCUAUUAUGUGACUUUCGACUGUAAAGAAGCAAAGGCAAUAUGUAUAUGUCAUAUGUUUGAGUUUGUGGAUAUUCUCUGUAGGCAUAUUCUAUGUGUAUUCAUGAAGAAAUCAAAUUUAGAUAGUUUGUCACAUCAAUAUGUUCUAGAUCGAUGGACCAUCAAUGCUAAGAGUCGAGCUAUCCAUGAAAUACCAAAUCCCGAUGGGCAUGUUUCAACACAAGAAGAUCCGAUAAUGCGAAAAAGCCAUUUGAUGAUGAAGUUUUACGAUAUUGCAGAACUUGGGUCACAAUCAAGGUUUAAAAUGGACCACCUUUCUCUUGCCUUGGACAAGGAAGACCUAAAUUUUUGA